AAAAUAAUAAUCAAACAAUAAUUCAUUGAAGUAUUUUUAACAGAAUGCCUAUACGGCUAUACCUGUAGUAAAAUAAUAAAAUUUUUAUCAUAUAAUUAUAUAAUCUGUAUUAACAUUUAUAGAGAGCUCGAAGUAUUUUUAAUACUUUAGAAAUGGUUUAUGUUCAUUUCUCUCGACCAUCCAACAAUGCUAAACUCAUUGAAGUUCAAUCUAAACUAGGUUUAAAAAAAGGAAAUGUUCUCAGGAUAUGCGAUACAAGAUGGGUAUGUCGCUAUAAAAAUUGCGAGUCGAUGAUAAAAAAUUACUCAUCAAUAUUAGAAUUUUUAAAGAAUGAAGUUGAAGCACAAGUGGACAAAGAUGCUAUUGAAGCUAUCGGUAUUCUCGGUCAAAUACAAAACUGUGCUUUUUUUAUUGGAGUUACUCUAUUGAAAGACAUUCUUGGUAUCAUUAAUAUAAUAAGUGUCACAUUACAAUCUAAAAAUGCCACUUUAGGAAAAGCAAAAAGCAUUAUCAAUGGAAGUAUACAAAGUAUUGAAAAAUUACGUUCUGACAUUGAAUUUUCUACAUUUUGGCAAAAAAUUACAUCUUUAGCUGAAGAGAAUGAUAUAACCCUUGAAGUACCACACAAAGGAAGAAAACGGAUAAGAACUCAACCGAAAUCUUUGAACAAUUUUUACUUACAAUUAACAACUGGAGAAGAAAAUGAACCAAAUAUUACACAAUCUGUUGAAGACUAUUGGAGACAAAAUUUAUACUAUCCAAUAAUUGAUUCGUAUAAUCGUUAA